CCGUAUCCAAACCGGCCGCAGCAGCCGUCGACACCCAACGCGCAUGCUCCAGACACGGGGGAUCUGACAGGGCAGAACAGCAAUGACAGCUCCAGUGGGCCGGCACCGGGAACACCCAAUUCCCAGGGGAUGAGGCCGACCCCAUCACCUACAGGAUCCACAGGCUCUCGCUCCAUGUCCCCUGCAGUUGGUCAACAGAACAUUCCGAUGCCUCCCCGCCCUUCCAGCGGUCAGUCAGAUGGAAGUGGCCCAACUCGAAUGAGUCACUCACCAAUGGCAACUCAGAGUGGAUACCAGCAACCACUAGCACCACCAUCUCAUAUGCACCCUUACAAGAUGGGAGCACACCCUGGUAUGGUUCCUCCUGGUGGCCAGCAGAUGGCUCCAUAUACUCCACAAGGACAGCAGUACCCACAAGGGAACUAUAAUCCUCGGCCACAGCAGAUGGGUAACAUGCAGUAUGGUGCCAACCAAGGUUAUGGGCCUGGUCCAGGGGGUCAGCAGAACCCCCAGACUAACAACAUGGGCCCUGGGCAGUACCAGGGCCGGCCAAUGCCCAACCAUGUGCCUCAGUUUCCGUAUCAGGGGUGGGGAGGUCCUACAAUGAAUCAAGGUCCCCCUCCCAAUAUGAUGGGUGGUCCUGGUAAGGGGCCAGGCCCUCAGCCCAGUGUACCACCCCAGGCUGCAAAUCCUACAGCUGGUCCAAGGCCACAUACGUCACCGCAUUACCUCAAACAACACUUGCAGCAUAAGAUGGGUUUUGGAGCUUCUGGCAUGCCUCCCAAUUCCAGCCCCCUUCAGGUGGGCUAUGGAGGUGCAUCUUCCCCUGGGAUGCCACCAGGCAGUGGGCCUGGCAUGGGUCCACCUGGUAGCUUGCAUCACCACACUGGAAUGGGGUCACCCAUGGGUCCUCCACCCUCUGGACACCAUCAUCCUGGGAUGGGUCCUCCACCACCAAGUGGCCCUGGCAUGAGCAUGGGUCCUCCGUCGUCGGCCGGCACCUCGAGCGGGACCGCGGGACCGAUGGUCGUCUCCGCACCCACCAGCAUUCCUCCGACGGUGACUGCAAGCACCCCUUCUCCGCUGCCUAACAGCCACAUACACCAUGAUGGUCCUGGCCCAAUGCCUCCACCUGCCUCCACCUCUAACUCUCACCCUCCUCAACACUCAAUGCCUGGUGGCAGCCAUGCAGCUGACAUGCUUGGCCCUCCAGAGCCAUCACAUGACAAUGGCAUCAUCACCACCACCUCCACAGUUGGGUGUCAAGUUGCAGGUACAACAACAACGAACGUGACACCAGCGACCCCAGGCACAGUGACAUCAGUCGUGACCACCGGCCCAGAUGGAACACCCCUGGAUGAAGGCUCUCAGCAGUCAACACUUUCAAAUGCAUCAGCAGCAUCUGGUGAGGAUCCAAGCUGUACUCCAAAGUCCCGCAAGGAUGGGCCAGUUGUUGGAGGUUCUUACCAUAGCCAUCCCCCAACGCCCCAAAGCACUGUUCCUUCUCCUGGUGCCGCCAGUCUCAAUUCGAUGCACGAGGAAUACGGGGAUGUGAACAGCCCCAGCUGGCCACGCACACCUGCCAGUCCGGUGUUUAACAGUCAUGUGCACCAAGAUCCAUACAGAUCAAAGAAACCAGAUAGCCUGGGAAAGCUGUACGAGAUGGACGAGAGCAAUGAACGCCGAAUUUGGCUGGACAAGCUUCUGCAGUUCAUGGAGGAACGUGGGACACCCAUCUCAGCAUGCCCCACAAUCUCCAAGAACCCCCUCGAUCUCUUUCGACUGUACAUCUAUGUCAAGGAGAGAGGGGGAUUCAUGGAGGUGACAAAGAACAAGACCUGGAAGGACAUCGCCGGUCUCCUGGGUAUUGGUGCAUCUUCAAGUGCUGCCUACACACUGAGGAAACACUACACUAAGAACCUGUUGGCUUUUGAGUGCCAUUUUGAUCGUGGUGGCAUUGACCCACAGCCAAUAAUCAACCAGGUGGAAGCUUCCUCCAAGAAGAAAAAUACCAAGGCAACAUCUGUGCCUUCGCCAGGGUCAUCUAAUUCCCAAGAUUCAUUUCCUGCACCUGGCUCGAGUGGAACUUCGAUGGAUGGAUAUGGGUAUGGUUACCCACCAGGUUCUACGCCUGACUACAAUUCUCCACCUAUGCAGCGCCCUGCAUCUCAGACAAAUGCACCUUCCCCACACCCUGGUGUGGGGGUGCCGAACCAAGGUGCGGGGGAUAACAUUAGCGUUUCCAACCCUUUUGACGACGUGGCGCCCGGUCAGUCUCAGAGGCCCAAUUCAUAUGGACCACCUUAUGGACACUCUGGUGGUCCCCCUCGCCCCCAAGGGAUGCAGCAGGGCUACCAGGGCCAAGGAGGUUAUACUCAGUACCAGGACCAGUAUGCUAGAGGAACCGCAGGCAGUAUGGGACAAGAGUUUAAUCAGCAGUAUCCUCCCAGCACCACUUAUCCACCAAACAGGCCCAUGUACCCACCAUAUGGGCCAGAAGGAGAGAGGUACAGUCAAGGUGGUGCAAGUAACCAGACAUCCCCAAGCAUGCAACAAAGUAGCGGACAAGAUCCCUACAAUCGCUACAUGGGGCCUACUCAGCCCCCUGGCUACCCACCGCGCACAGGAUAUGGUGGACCCCCUGGACCACCUUCAGGACCACCCAGUCAACAACAGUCAGGGCCCCCAGCAGGUUACCCUGGUCAGCAAGAAUAUUAUCGGCAAGAUCAGAUGCCCCAGUCUGUUAGUUUCUCGACUUCGCAGCUUGCUCGCCAGCUUGUGGCACCCCAAUCCCCCAUGAAAUCUUCAUAUCAACAGGUUUACCCUGGUCAGCAACCUCCAGCUGCAGGAGGUCCUGCCACACAGAUGUAUCCUGGCAGUCCUCCCAGCAAGACCAUGCCACCACCAGCACAGCAUCCUCGGAGGCAUCCAGACUUUGCUAAGGAACAGCCUUAUCCACCAUACCAGCAGAGGCCUGCACUUUAUGGAUGGACAAGUAACAACUCAUUUCGUGGACCAUUCCCCGGUCAGGGUCCAGUGCCCCAGGGAUCUCAGCCAUGGAGCCAGGCUCCUCCUCGGCCAGCUGGGCCUCCAAGCAGUCAGCAGGCCAACAACCAGUGGGACCAACACCGCUACCCUUCUGGCACGCAGCCACCCUACCAGCCUUCUCAACAGCCGCAGCAGUGGGUGUCAAACAUGCCAUCUUCUGGAGUUAGUUCAGGUUCCCCUCUGAGACCGCCUGUGGGCCCCCGAACACAGUUUAGGCCAGAAGGAAAGCCGUUCCCAAUGCCAGCUCCACCAGGGACAAAGGGCCAGUCUCCCAACGUCGCAGGCAGUUCAGCAGCUUAUCCUCCUCAGGCACCUCCAAAACGUGAGCUUGUGUUUCCACCUGACAGUGUGGAAGCCACAGUUCCAGUGUUAUACAAGCGCAAGCGGAUGUCUCGGGGUGAUGUGGCACCUGUGGAGGCCUGGAGAAUGAUGAUGAGCUUGCGCUCGGGCCUGCUGGCAGAGAGCUGUUGGGCACUUGAUGUCCUUAACAUCCUCCUGUUUGAUGACUCAACAGUUGCUUACUUUGGUCUGGCACACAUGCCAGGCCUGCUUGAUGUGCUGCUUGAACACUUUAGGCGCAGCCUGGCAGACAUGUUUGAUGCCCCCUCCACCAAUGACACUGAACGAAAGUGGUACCAGGUUCCAAAGCAAGAUCACAGCGAAGUAGAUUUGGGUUCAGUGAGUCAACCAAUUGAUCCUUUGGAUCGGGUGCCCCUACUUGAAGCUACCCCAAAUUACACCUUGUUGUCACGAAAGGGUGAUGUCAUCAAGGUGGUGAACAAAGACAGUGAUAUAUUUGUGCUGGACAGCCGUAAGUCCUGGGAUGUGGAUGGUGACGUAGCAGAGGAAAAUGUGACAGCAGAGUUGGAACAGGAUCAGUGGCAGAUGGUGGUGACAGAUAGCAGCUCGACAAAGUACAUUGUGACAUGUUUCCAGGGUGAGUUUGGCAAUGUGCCCUUCGUGAGGCUGCUACAGAACAAGGUCAUGGAACAGGUUCAGGAGGUUUCUGAUAUGGAGGAAGCUGUGGUUGCUGACCCCCAGGUACCAUGUAAGGUGAAAGAAGAACCAUCAGUUGUUGAGAGUGUAAAUACUGAGCAGGAUCAAGAGACUUCUGAUGUUGAUAGUGAAAAACCUAAUGUGAUAAGUAAAGAGGACAGUGUUAGCAAAGAGUGUGUGGUUGUAGCACCAGGAGAGAGGAAAAAUUGUGACAAGAAGAAACGGACUAAGACGUUAAUUGGUGUGCUUUCUCGAAUACAAAAGGAACCAAUGGAAGUUAAUGAUGUGCUGACCAGAGAGAUCCGCGAGAAGGUAGAAAAGAAUGAAGUUGUGAAAAAGGAAGAUGAAAAUGAAGAAAAAGCCAACAAUAAUGAUGGGGAAAUUGAUAAAAUGUUAGAAGAUAAAGAUAAGAAGGAUAAAAUAGUAGUAGAAACCACAUCUGAUGAAACCAUGGAGACAAAUAGCAACAGCUUGUCAUUGGAAAAUAGCAACAGUAGUAGCAGUAACAGUGAAGUUUGCAAGACAAAAAAAGAGCCUGAUGAUGAUGACAGCAGUAAAGCUAAAUCAUCUGGUAAUGACAAGGUCACUGUGAAAGUGGAGAAUAGUUCUAAGAGCCAGGAUGGACAGGAAGACAAUGGCUUGGGGUUGCGGAUCCGGGACCCAGCGGGCACCCUGAAGAGACGCCGGAUGUCUGACUAUGAGGAUGAGUGCUACACUCGAGAUGAGGCCAGCCUGUACCUUGUCACUGAGACUCAAGAUGCUCUAGCACGGCGAUGUGUCUGUCUCUCCAAUAUACUUCGUAACUUAACAUUUGUUCCAGGAAAUGAGGUGGAAUUUGCCAAGAAUGCCACCUUCCUAGGGCUUUUGGGUAAACUGUUACUUUUGCACCAUGAACAUCCAUCCCGCACGCACAAACAGCGCAACUAUGACCGCGAGGAAGAUGCAGACUUUGCAGAUUCCUGCAGCAGUCUGCAGGGGGAGGCUGAGUGGUGGUGGGACUUCCUGCACCACAUACGAGAGAACAUAUUGGUCACUGCUGCCAACAUUGCAGGACACAUGGAUUUGGGCCAAUACCCAGAGGAGAUCUCACGCCCUGUACUGGAUGGACUACUUCAUUGGGCAGUUUGCCCUGCGGCCCAUGGACAAGACCCUUUUCCCACUGUGGGCCCUUCAUCUCCCCUGUCUCCCCAACGGCUAGCCCUGGAGGCAUUGUGCAAGCUGUGUGUGACUGAUAGUAAUGUGGACUUGGUUAUAGCCACUCCCCCAUACUCGAGGCUGGAGCGUUUGUGCGCAGUUCUCACCAAACUGCUGUGUCGCAGUGAAGAACAGGUAUUAAGGGAGUUUGCAGUGAACCUUCUGCAUUACCUGGCUGCAGCUGACAGUGGCAUGGCACGUACCGUGGCAUUGCAGAGUCCCUGUGUGUCCCUGCUUGUGGCCUUCAUUGAACAAGCAGAAGCAAGUGCAUUGGGUGUAGCCAACCAACAUGGCAUUUCGGCCCUGCGAGAGAACCCAGACUCUAUGGGCACGAGCCUGGACAUGCUACGCCGUGCAGCAGGCACACUGUUGCACCUUGCACGUCACCCUGACAACCGCCCCCUCUUCCUGCAGCAAGAGCAGCGCCUGCUGGCUCUAGUGAUGAGUCAGAUUCUCGACCAGCAGGUGGCCUCCAUCAUUUCACGUGUGCUCUUCCAGUGUUCGCGGCCGCAUCCUGAGCACAUGCACUUUACUUCUCUGCACUCUUGUCUCUCCACUAUCAAAAUGUCACAUGUGAUGAGAUUACCAGAUUCAUGUGGGCAUAAGUACUCCAAUCCAAGGUUUCCACCCCCAAAUGUCAGACUUCCAUUUCAGCACCCCACUGACCAUAACAUAAACCAGCCUCCAGUAUCUGCAAGUUGCUUCCCACCAAGUGUCCAAUACUCACAUAACACAAUUCCAAACUGUGUUUCGCCUAUGACACCUUCCUCACUUCCAUGUCCAAACCCAAUGUCAUUUCCUCCACCACCAUUUCGAUCUCAGGAACCUAGGGCACCACCAUCCCAACCAGUGCCAGUGUAUAGUGAGGCCUCACCUCUAUACAACCAACUUUUUAAUGUGCCCCCUCCACAUUCAAGUCCCUGCCCUGAAACUCCCUCACAAGUCUUUGUCCCUCCAUACCCACCUCCACCUGUUCCAGCAACCUCCUUCACUGAACGGCUGACAUUUCCUUACUGUGUGGACCCAGUUGGUACUGAGCGCUGUAAUUCCUUCCACCCUCCGAGUGAUUCAUGGCACAAUAAUGUGCAACCUCUGUUACCCAGCAUUCCUCAAAAUGUGCUGAACCACCAAGAAAGGAACUCAGAGGCUGUGAUCACAUGUGGAGGCAGCAACUUGAAAGCAGCUGACUUUGUGGACAUUCUUCCAUACAGCAGGGAUGAAUAUCCAAGGUCCCUGCCACAGGGAAUGCGCACACAGAUUAGUGAUGAAAACACAUAUUCAAAAUACAAAGACAGAGACAGGAGUGUGUCAAGGAGUAGCUUUGAUUAUAGGAGGAAUUCCAGCCAUCCUGAAUAUGAGGCACAACAGUGGGGUCACUUCCGAAGACAGAGAAGUCAGAGCCCACUUCAUGGGAUCUCACCACAAAGGAGGCGUUCACGAAGUCCUAAGACUGUAAGGAAGCGGGGUGGUGAAAACAAGAAGUGUUCUGAAAUUGGUGACAAUGGGGUUUCUGUGAAAACAGAACUAGAAUCUUCUCCUAGGAAUCCCAGGUAUUCUAAUAGCCCUGGUGCUGAUUCAUUGAGAUCUCACAGUCGAGCAAGCUUUAGGCGUACCUCGCACAGCCCUGAUUACAAGUCUGCUGCCAGUUCACGGAAGAGAAGUCGAUCUCAUAGUCCAGAAUCCAUUAAAUCCUUGAGUUCAAGGUCUGCACUUCAUGUACCUCAUAGAAGCUUAUACACGAGUUCAUACAAAGAGAAGAGGGCUGCUACAGAGCGAGAACUGCUGCUGGAGAAAUGGAGAAUGAAUUACUGUGCUAACACUGCAGAGAUGCAGAAGAAGUUGGAAGAGUUGGCAAAAAUGAAACCAGAGGAGAUUGUGGAACACGAGAAGAAAGUGUGGACGCGUACAGCCCCAGCUGACCUGUACUAUGUGCGUGAUGAAAAAAAUCAUAAGGUGAUGAAGGCAACACCAAGGUUGCUUGCUUUGUGUGAGAGAUUCGAUGAUGAGUUGGUAGCAAGAGCUGAGAAGGUGCGAUCUGGCAGGCCCAAGUAUGAGCCACCCCCUCGUAAGAACAGGAUGCGGCUUGCCAAACACAAAUCUGAAAUGUGCAGUUCAAGUGACACUUCAAGUGAAGAGAGUUCAACUGACGAGGAAGACUGCACAAUGGAAGAACUGGAGAGGAAGCGGCUGCAUCCAUACCGCCUGCACCCAGAAAUGUGGUACAAUGACUCUGGGGAGAUGAAUGAUGGUCCUCUGUGCCGCUGCAGUGCUAAAGCAAGAAGGUAUGGUAUUCGCCAUGGAAUCUAUGCAGGAGAGACUCAUCUUGUGAAAUGCAAUGUAGACACAAACAAUGCUGACAGGCUGUUUCAUUACCGCAUCACUAUCUCUCCCCCUACAAAUUUUCUGACCAAGACACCAACAAUUAUCAAACAUGAUGAACAUGAGUUUAUAUUUGAAGGAUUCUCCAUGUUCUCACAUUUUCCCCUGGAUAAACUGCCAACAUGCAAGGUGAUCCGUUUCAAUAUAGAGUACACAAUUUUGUACAUUGAUGAGAAGUUGCCAGAGAAUUUCACUAUUCGUGAAUUGGAUCUCUUUCAUGACUACCUGUUCCGGGAACUGUUGGAACUGGUGGACCUGGACUUCAAAGCUCAUGGUGACUCCACUGGCUGUUCACAGUUCCACUUCAUGCCUCGAUUUGUUCGAGAUCUUGCAGAUAAUGGGAAGGAGAUCCUGUCGAUGAAUGAGGUGAUGUACUAUCUCCUGAUAAACAGCAAGUCUCUUAUAGAAGAGUCAAAACUGAAAGAUCUUCUGAGCAUGCCACAGUUCAAGUGGCAAAACUUUGCAGAUGAAGUGAAAGGGAUGGUUGUUACAUAUCCUGGCAUGAAGCCAUGUUCAGUGCGUGUGGAUCAGUUAGACCGCGACCAGCAGAAGACAGAUGCCCUUCCAUACCCAGAGAUUGUGCACUUUGGGAUUCGCCCUCCACAGCUCAGUUAUGCUGGCAAUCCUGAAUACCAAAAGGCCUGGCGGGAAUAUGUGAAAUUCCGGCAUCUGCUGGCCAACAUGCCAAAACCAUCAUUUGAAGACAAACGUAAACUGGAAGGAAAGGAGAACAAACUGCAGGAAAUGAGAACGCAGAGCAAGAUGAAACGAGAUGUUACUGUUGCUGUGACAGCCAAUGGUUUUCACCGAACAGGCAUCAUGUGUGACAUAAUACAGCAUGCCAUGCUGAUCCCAGUUCUGGUAUGCCAUCUGCGCUUCCACCGCUCCUGUGAUGUGCUGGAGAAAGUAAUUGAUUAUAAGUUCAAGAAUCGCUUCCUGCUGCAGCUGGCUCUGACUCAUCCUUCAUACAGAGAGAACUUUGGUACAAAUCCUGAUCAUGCUAGGAACUCACUAACAAAUUGUGGCAUUCGACAACCAGAAUAUGGAGAUCGGAGGAUUCACUACAUGAACACCAGGAAGCGAGGUAUUAAUACGUUGAUCAACAUCAUGUCUCGUUUUGGGAAGAAGACAGAGACAGAAUCUAACAUUACUCACAAUGAGCGCUUGGAGUUUCUAGGAGACGCAGUGGUUGAGUUUCUCACUUCAAUACAUCUCUUCCACAUGUUUCCUGACCUUGAGGAGGGAGGACUGGCUACCUACAGGGCUGCCAUCGUACAGAACCAACACCUUGCUGUGCUUGCAAAGAUUCUGAGCCUUGAGGAAUACAUGCUGUAUGCUCAUGGGUCUGAUUUAUGCCACGAUUUAGAACUGCGGCAUGCUAUGGCCAACUGUUUUGAGGCUCUCAUGGGAGCAUUAUUCUUGGAUGGUGGCAUUGAGGUUGCAGACAAAGUAUUUGCAGAAACCUUGUUCAAGCAAGACACAGACCUCCUGGAUGUAUGGGUAAACUACCCACCACACCCCCUUCAAGAACAGGAGCCCCUUGGGGAUCGCAAGUGGAUCCCUUCCUUUGAGCUCCUACAGAAUCUGACCAAGUUUGAAGAGUCAAUAGGCGUUGAAUUCAAGCAUAUACGUCUCCUGGCUCGAGCAUUCACAGACAGGAGCAUUGGAUACACAAAUCUUACACUAGGGUCUAACCAACGCCUUGAGUUCUUGGGGGACACUGUACUUCAACUGAUAGCUUCUGAGUACCUCUACAAGUACUUUCCAGAGCACCACGAAGGGCAUUUGUCAUUACUACGCAGUUCUCUGGUGAAUAACAGAACGCAGGCUGUUGUAUGUGAUGAUCUUGGGAUGAUCAGCUAUGCUCUCUACUCAAACCCCAAAGUUGAACUGAAGACAAAGGAUCGGGCAGAUUUACUCGAAGCUUUCCUUGGUGCUUUGUAUGUUGAUAAGGGAUUGGACUAUUGUCAUGUGUUCUGCCAUGUAUGUUUCUUCCCACGACUGCAGGACUUUAUCAUGAACCAAGACUGGAAUGACCCCAAGUCAAAACUACAACAGUGUUGUCUGACAUUACGUACCAUGGAGGGAGGGGAACCAGAUAUUCCAGUGUACAAGGUGAUCGAGUGUAAGGGUCCAACCAAUACGAGGGUAUACACGGUAGCUGUGUAUUUUCGUGGAGAACGCCUGGCAAAGGCAUCUGGUCAUAGUAUCCAACAGGCAGAGAUGAAUGCUGCAAAAGAGGCGCUAGAAUUGUCACAAGGCCUGUUCCCACAGCUUGACCACCAGAAACGAGUCAUUGCUAAGAGUUUAUGGCGUCAGCGGCGGCCUCGCAGCAUAUCACAUAUUAGAUCGUCACAGUCUUCUGACAGAGAAAGGCAGUCCUCUUCUAAAGAACUGUCUGAUUUGCCAUCAUCACACCAAGAAAAGUCAUCGUACAGCAAAGGUCGCCGAUCAUUUUCAAAAGAUGUGCGAACUGUUUCAGACAACAAAUCAGGGUCAGUGGCCUGCUUACAUGUGUCUGCGGGCAAGGAGUGAGACAGAGGCUACAGUGCAUAAGGUGUUGGGGAACCCUUACUUUUAUUUUCAUCAAUAGUGUACCACCUGCUUUAACAAUCAGUAACUGUAUUUUUCCCACAGUGUAUUUAUGGAUUUCAUUAUGAUUCUCACAUGAAACAACCAUUAUUUCCUUAAACAACAUUAACCAUUCAAUCUUUGUAAUGUAGAUGCGUUGUUCUUUCUUUGAGGUGCAGACUGAAUUAUUAAAUAUUAUUUAGAUGACCUUUAGCCUAAAAGGGUUAAUCUAAAUAUUCAUAAUUU